AUGUUUUGACUUGCUUGCACUCUUUCAGAAGGUGUCUUGCCUUGUGAAUUUCUGGGAAAGGUCUGUGUUGUGAUGGUAAUAUGAAUUUUGUGGUUGCAAUGUGCACAGCGGCACAGAAGAUGUGAACUAAAGGAGGCAGAAUGCAACUAAAAAUAAAUAUAUAAAUGAAAAUAACAACUUCCGAAUGAGGGACCUAUGUUUUAACCUGUUUAUCUUCUUCCAUUACAUUUUUUCAGCACCAAUAACAAGGCCUGUGAAUGAACGGGGAACGUUGGGGAGCCUAGAAGGUGCUGUGUCGCAGCCGGCGUUUUAAGCUUGAACAGGCUCAUUCAAUGCCACUGACUCGUGCCUCAACUUCCAUACCUUACCAUGGCCAAACUAGAGACCCUCUCUGUCCUUAGUGACCCCAGCUAUCACAGCCAGGAAUCGUUCCACCCGUUCGAACCAAGACUCUCUGAAUCUGCCUCCCAAAGCAGUAUGGGAAGCGUAGGCAGCGGUGUCGCCAACGAACAAGAGUUUGCUAUGAAGAGCGUGGGGACCAGGACUCAGAACAGUAGUCGGCAGGUUGACGGGUCCCGGAACAGCUACUCUACACGGGAGAUCUCAAACCGCUACUCUGGGGAGGAGAAGACCUACAAAUCGGAAAAGAUCUCCAACUCCAUAUACAUCAACGGAGACCUGCGCAAGAGUGAGAAAGUGAAGGCAGAUCUCUGUGGGAAUGUCGCAGCCAACAACGAGAAGAAUAUCCCACCUCCUCCUCAGUACAGAGAACCCAAUAACCCACCAAAGAUAUUGCCAAUCUCUGGUAAACUCGACCAGAGCAAUGAGCCCUUAGUUAGACCUUCAGCCUUUAAACCAGUAGUUCCUAAGAACUUCCAUUCCAUGCAGAAUCUGUGCCCACCGCAGAGCAAUGGAAUAUCAGAGAAUCGAAAGACCUUGAAUCACACCAACAGCAAUAGCCCUUCCACUGUCAAAGGUGGCCUGGAGAAGCCCAGCCUUAACAGGACUACCAACCAAGCGGGCGGACUCUCCGAUUCUGGCCGCAACUCUUUGACAAGCUUGCCCACCUAUGGCACAGGCUACAGCCAGCAUGUUGGCCCGAUGAGUGCUUCGACCAGUCACAUAAACCGCAUCGGGACAACCUAUGGAGAGAAGAACAUUGUAGGAUACAAUGGGAUAUCUACCUCAGACAGUGGGCGGUCUUCCAGUAAGAGCACAUCUUCCUUCAGUAGACUCAACCAUCUCAACGAAACAAUGCCUUUCCACUCUCCUUCAACGGACGACAUCAUCCAAGACUUGGAAGACAGGUUGUGGGAGAAGGAGCAGGAGGUCCUCCAGAUGAGGAGAAACCUGGAUAAGAGUGAAGCAGCCAUUUACCAGGUCUUUGAGGAGAAGCAAAAGAUCUGGGAGCGCGAGAUGGACGACCUCCGUCAAAAUUACGCCAAUAAACUGCAACAGGUCUCCAAGAAAGCCCAGAGGGCCCAACAAGCCUUGCAACUCCAGAUCUUUAAGCUCCAGCAAGAGAAAAAGAAGCUGCAGGAUGACGUGGGUCAGCUCCUUCAGCAGCGGGAAGAGCUGGAGAAGAAAUUUGUCGCUUUCAAGAAAGAACAGGCUGAUUUUCUCCCCAAGAUUGAAGAGACCAAGUGGGAGGUGUGCCAAAAGGCAGGAGAGAUCUCUCUGCUGAAACAGCAACUGAAGGACUCCCAAGCAGACGUCUCCCAGAAACUGAACGAAAUUGUUGGGCUGCGGACGCAGCUCAAGGAAGGCAAGAGCUUCCUCAGGGAAAAGGAAGAUCAGAUCUUGACCCUGAAGGACUCCUACAGCAACAAAAGCGUCAGCCUAGAGAUCUGCGAGAACGAGCUGCAGCGGAAGAUGAGCGAGGUGCAGAUGUUGAGGGAAAAGCUUAGCCAAUGCGAGGCGGAGGUGUCCAGCCUGAAGCAGACCUUGACUAACCUGGGAGGCCACCACAACCACAUCAACGCUGAGUUGUCGGAGAAGCUCACAAGGGAUACCUUGGCUUGCGAGAGCGACGAGGCCAAGAUGAAGCGGCAGAGCGAGGAGAACCUCAACGCCCUCAAGAAGGAGGUGGAGAGGCUCCAAGCGGAGUUGAAAGCGGAACGCCAGCAGCGGGAGCAGCAGGUGGCAGACUUUGAAGGGGAGCGUCGCACUUGGCAGGAAGAGAAGGAGAAGGUCAUAAAGUACCAGAAGCAGCUGCAGCUGAACUAUGUGGAGAUGUACCAGAAGAACCAAAUCUUGGAGCACAAGGUGAACGAAAUGACCAGCAAAGUCACCAGCCCGCCGCACACCGACGACAAGAAGGCAUGGACUCCAUCCAGGUUGGAGAGGAUAGAGUCCACAGAGAUUUAAGGAAAGGACCGAGGUGUUUAAAGUUAGGAAGAAAGGAAUGCUACACAAUUGCUACACAAUCUGAUUUUAAAGAAAGAAUUACUCAUUGUAAUAAGAUGGAAUUCGGGUUAUUCAUUCUGGAGAGACCUAAAUCACCUGUCCAGGAUCAAAACUGUGUUGCAGUCUUUCUUUUUGGAAGAUUUUUGCAUUUCUUUUGGGAAAGGUUUUAGUGUUUGGGAACAUUUGUGUGACCGCUGGAAUGAAGAUAGGACAUUUCCCUUUGCAAGAAUGCUGCCCAGUAAGUGCCAGGGAAAUGUGACAGCAUUGCAAAUGCAACCUGAUGGCAAGAUAUUUUGAGCCUGUCUGCACUGCAAAGAUGAUUCAAUUUCAAGCCCAUAUUUGGCCUCCCAAUUCCGAGGGGAUCCUUAAUAAAGAGAGCCCUGCUGGAUCAAUCCAACAGUCCUUAUCUCAAUUUGGAAGUAACCAGUUAUAAAUAAUGACUUCAUUACUUUUACUGUACUUCCUUUUUACCCCCUGAAACAAUGUAACUUCAACAUACAGUCAUCCCUCUGUUUGUGCAGACUUUGAUUCCGCAUCCCUCACUUAUUCACGAGGCACAAACAGAGAGAUAUAAAAUGGGGGUGCGCCACUAUUCAAGCCAAUAGGGCUUGAAUUUCUGUGGAUUUCCAUUUUUGGGGGGGGGCAUGUUCAGAACAUGGAGGGGCAACAGUAUUACCAUUCCAACGUGUAACACAUAAUAACACCACUAUAAUAAUGUGUUACUUUUCCAGUUCUAGAGUUUGGGCAUCACUAAAUGGUGGAAGAGGAAUAUUACAAGGUUCAAAUGCCGGCUUGUCCUGAGGCUAUUAUUAUUUUUCUUUAUAGUCUGCCCCCCCCCCCCCCCCAGUCCAGGACUCAACGUAGCUUUCAAUGAUUAAAAACAGAUACAGCUUGAAAAUUCAUUUCAAACAAAAAGUAACAAACACAUUCUGAAAAUCCUCUUUCUCCCUGAGCAGCCAGUCCUGAAAGGUAAGGUGUUCACUUGCCUGUGAAAGGAUAGCAAGGAGGGUGCCAGUCUAAUGUCUCUGGGAAGGGAUUUCCAGAGCUUGGGAGCAACCGCCAAGAAGGCCUUCUCCCAGGUUUCCCCCAGAUGUGACUGCGAGGGUAUUGGAGAGAGAGAGAGAGAGAAGGACCUUCCCCAGAAGAUCUCAAAAGAGGAGCAAGCUCAUUUGGGAAAAUAUGAUAGAGCAGAUUAUCUAUACCACCUUAUGUGGGUUACAUCCAGGUUAUCUUUGAACUGUGCCUGGAAAUGGACCUGUUGCAAGAAGGGAAUUGUAUGCUGCCUGUAGUCAGACCUGGUCCUUUGUCCUUGCUGAAAUUUCAAAGCACUCUUUGAAGGCAGCCCCAUGUAGAGCACAUUACAGUAACUGAAACAGGAUGUAACUAAGGCAUGUACCACCAUGACCGGAUCCAACAUCUCUAGGAAUGGGCAUAAUUGGUGCACAAGCUUUAACUGUGCAAAUGCACUCCUGGCCACUGCUGAAACCAGAGCUUCCAGGCUUGAGGCUGAAUGCUAAAUGAUGAUACAGUGGAGAAGGGGAGUGUGUGUUUUACACAACCACCCAGCAACAUAUAGGAUUCAGAUAUUUUUAAAAAGCCACACAUAGAAAAACUGUAACCAUUUAGUUAUUUUUGAGAAAUGAGAAAGCAGAGAUUUUUAAAAUUGCAGUUAUAACAACAAUUAACAGUUUGAAGGAGGCUUGAAAGAUUAAUCAUGACUAACUGCUUUUAAAGGUAAUUUCACAAGGUCUGGUCCAUAUAGUUUGGCAUCUUGCUUUUCGCAGUAGUUAGCCAGGUACCUCUGGGAAGUUUGCAAGUAAGACUUAAAGGCAACUGGCCUCUCUAGAUCUUACUUCAGUCUUGGGGAAUUUACUUUUUGGGAUACAAUUUCCAGAACUUCCCAGCCAGCAUGGAUACUUGGCAUGCAAGCUGGGGAACCCUGGAAAUUAUAAUACAAACAAAAUCAUUAUUCUUACCUCUGUCUCAUUUUCCCCUUCAGCUGCUGUUAAGUGGCACAACUUCUGAGUACAGAGAUUCCAAGAGUAAUUCCAGUUAAAUGUCCAUUGAAUUGUCAAUUUACCUUUUAAAGUUGUUUAAGGCAGUACCUGUUGCAGUAUAUUGAAUUGUCUGACUUAGUUGGGUGAUGAAGUCCCUCUUGCAUUGUCUGUCCUGCUUCUACUGCCAGUUAGUUUUAUUGGGGCCAAAUGUGAUGACUGAAAGAGACACAAAUUCUCUCCAAGUUUGGGACCAUGCAUGGAUGAUUUGUAUACAGAGAAUGCUUAGUACAUUCACAAAGCUACCAUUUUAGGAUUUACAAAGGAACAGAGAUCAGAAUUUUUCCUUUAUUCAGCUAGUGUGGUGGCUGUGAGAUUCUCAGAACUAUAUAGUCCCACAACUCAUCUUUCCAUGCCCUAAGAGGGAGCCAUAAUAUUUAGCCAACUUUAGGCUGACAGGUAGUUGCAGUGUAGAUUUGCCCUUGGAUCUAUCAUAGCAAAAUGGUUAUGUAAACUGACAGGGUUCAGAGGCUGUGUGAUGUCCCACCCCACAAUCCAUGGUUUGGUUUUUCUCUCAAAUGCAAGGUGCACAAUUUCAUUAGACUUCUUUUGGUUUUUGUGGUGCUUCCUUGCACCUCAAUAGAUCACACAGAACAGCCCCUUCUUUCCCAUCUGUAGCCACCAAAAGCAAGAUCCAUGGCCAUUCCUGUGACAUAUUGGUGUGUGAGGUGAACAUUACAAAUGACACAGAAACAUACACAAAGCACCUGUGCCACUUUUGAACAGUGCCCAGAAACUACCAUUCAAGAUGGUGGCCUUCUUCUGCCUGAGGGCAGGACUGGCCAUUGCAAACAAACCCUGCUGUUGAUAGAUAGCAUUAGCCUGCAGAAGACUUACUGCUGGGUUGUCAGUAUGUGAAAGUGCUUAUUAACUGAAAUAGGAAAGCAAAUUGUUUACUUAUAUGCUGCUACGUUAUACAGAGACAAGUGUACUUGGAUGUAAAUAAUUGUUCUGUAUAUGUAUAUAUGAUUAUUAAAGCAAAAUAUGUACAAAAAGAGAGAGAACACAAGAGAACUCUCUUAGUAACUGGGUUUUACAGUAAGAGCAGACCUUUACUGUCAAGAGCUGAGCUUCUGAGAAUAUCUCAGGGGUUCUUAAAAGCCCCACUGAUUGCAUAUGGCAUCCAGGUCACAGCGUUCCUCCCAGAGGUUAUGACAUGGUGGUUUUGUUUUGGUGUCUGUUUCGUCAACCUGUUGAUAGUCUUGUGGGGAACUUGAGGGUUUCAUCUGUUUUUGAUCAUUUUGGUGUGUUGAUUUGUGGUUGAAACAAAGCUCACCUGAGCAGGGCCGUGUGUGUCCCUCAUCCCGACUUCAGAGGCCAUGGUGCCUCUGCGAAAUUCUUGACGAGAGUCAGCUGCUUCCUUCCUGAAGGUGGGUGGUUGCCCAAAGAUGGCCCAGAGAAAGAAUGACUUGCCAAAUCCCUCUGUGAAACAGCACUUUAUAAUCUUUGCUUCCGCUUCCUGGCCAAUGUGACCAAAGAACUGACAGGAGGGCCCUACGGGAUGCAUUCAGAACCAAUGUCUCUAUUUUUUAAUGAUGACUGUUGUGGAGCAGCAAAGGUCUGAAACUUAAAAAAUAAAACACUGUGGUACAAGGAGCAAAUGAGCAUGCGCUAUUCCAGUGUAUGGUGCAAUGAGGUUUGUGGGUUGUGUAACAUCUUAUGGAUCAAAAGAAUAGGUACAGAAAUGUGCACGCUAUGAGUUAACAAGUGAGGGAUGAUGGCUUCCCUUGUUUUUCGUCUCAGGUUAGCCAGCUUCGUUCUCUAAAACUGUGAAAUGCAGCCUGCACAUUUUCAGUUGUUUCUCUUAGCACCCUUGAGGGCUCGUUCCUCGUUCUUCUUUCAGUCAAAAGCACAGAUUCUCAGGUAGCCAGGUGCUGUGUCAAACUUUGUUUCUCAGAAUCCAUUUGUCACAACUGCAAGCCAAAAUUUGGCAUGCUGGAAAUUGGAAACUUUGACCAGAACCCUGUUGGCAUCAUAGACAUAUGUAAAUCCCCUUGCAUGUGUGGUUGUCCUCUUUUUGGCUGUUAUGCAACAGCUGUAUUCACUUCACGGGUGCACAGGCAGAGUUCUGCCAGUGUAACCAUUGCCCUUGAAGUUGCACAAUCGCUGGAGGUGCACAAUUACUGCUAGUGUCUUCCAUGCAUCACCUACUGGGAUUAUGGAAACAGCCAUUGCUCAUUCUCCCACUGUAAAGUGGGACAACAAGGAGGCACGUUGCCAGAUACACACUCAGUUGUACAGUGUAGGUAUUCAGCAGAAGGAUGGAGAAGUGCAGCGGCCAACACUUACUGUAUACAUGUAUACUCAUGUAUAGGUCUGGAAAUUAAAUUUAGUGGGAAAAAUUGACCCCAAAAACUUGGGCAGCUUAUCCACAGGUCAGUGCAAAUACUGCACUUUUUAAAAAAAGGAACCAUCCCCCUUCUCUGAGUAAAGUGGUGAAAAAGCAAGAACUUAGUUCAUAUCCCUGGAAAACCUAAAAAAAGCACUGACCCCCCCCCCCACUCUGUCCAAUGCAGUGCUGCUUCUAACCUUUUUGAAUGGCUGGACUGGAGAAUGGUGGCAAUGGCAGCUCUAGGCCUUUCUCCUCAAAGGAGCAUCAAAAGGAGAACGAUCUGAAAAAGCAUUUGUGUGUGUUUGUCAGAGCUGCUGGCUGAAAAUCAGGCAAAGUUAUAUUAAAGGCUAUCAUCAUUGCUAACGUAAUCACCAUUUGCUUUGCUCUGCUUUACAUUUUUCUUGACGCGUGUGUUUUCUUAGUCCUCUCUGAGGCUGGUUGCUCUCCUCAACAUCAUACAGCCACCAUUUGGUGUAAUUCCCUCCUCAUCCAUCCAGCCUUUAAGGUGAGCACAAAGUUAUACCUGCCAGAAUUUUGUAUAUUCCUUGGUAUAGUUUUGCUUUGCUUUGUUCUUUGCAUCCUUUGUUACAUAUCCUCAGUUUAUCCAUGCACCAUAUCCAUAAUUUUGGCCUCAAAACUUGCCCCUGACUUAUACAUGAAGUCAACUUAUAGUUUAGCAUGUAUGGUAAGUACAUGUGUGCAACUUUACAAACACAAUGUACUUGGUUGACACUGUUUUAAACAAUAGUUCUCAGAAUCCUCAGAUCCUCAUGGUCAGUGGACACACAGGCUAAGGGAUGAUGGGGGUUACAGUCCAAAAUAGUUACUUUUCUAGGCUCUGCUCAGCAUUUCUGAUAUUAAUGGUGAGUUUCAUUAAUGAUAAAUGCCUCAUCUUGCCUAUAUUCUGGGCUAGGAAAAAGUCCGAAAUAGCUAGCCCUCUGCCAAUUAGCCCAUCUUAUAGUAAAUUGACUUCCUAGUUUAAACAACAGGAAGAAAUUUACUAGGCCUGAGUGCUAACAAGUUUCAAACUGUAAUAAAAUACCAGUUUCUGGAGAAAUAACCACUGUGAUUUUGGAUAGAGUAAAUGUAGGCCUUUUAAAAACUCAACCCACAGAAGCUGAUGGAUGCGGUUGUAUGAGAGAGAUGGGGGGUGGUUGGGGCAAGAUACCUUUUUAUCCUUUCUCUCCUCCCAUUUUAAUUUUCUUUUAAAAUGCGUUGCUCUUGAUCAGAGGAGAUAAAAUAUAUUUUUAUGAAUUCUACAUUUUUAUUUUCUUAGAAGUGACUGAAUUUUAGCCUUUCCCUCCAAGGAGUCAAUGUUUUCAAGUUCAGAGAAAUUUUAAAAGUAUUUUUUCCCCUCCUGACCUGGAGAAAAUUUGCCCAGAAACUGCUAAGCAGAAAUUAGAAAAAACUUUGAACAAAUAAAAUGCUUGCAAUUUCUCUUUCUUAUAUAUACAUACACACAUGGCUGGAAAAGGUUUAGGAAAGGGCAUCCUGGGGCCAAAUACAAGUCAUGUAGUCAUGAUCUCCAGGCUAGCUUUUCAAUUUCCAAUAGAGACAACUGAUGCAUAUGUAGAGAUCACUCUGUGUUCCUUUGGACCUUUUCAGCAGAUCUUUCUAAAGGAGCUGUGAGAUGCUAGUUCACCUUUCAAAACCUUUUUUUCCACAAUGGUGCCCCAAUUAAAUUAGUUCCUGGCCAGGCAGAUUUGUGAAACCUGUCUACACUAGCUAUCUUAUCAUUAGAGCUUCUUCAAAGCAUUAGUUUAUGUAGGUGUAGUACAGUAGAUGAAAAAUGUAAUCGCAUUUGGUCAUGUAUAGAUUACACCCACACAAAUUCUGCAGAGGUGUGUGCUUGAGCGCACAAACAUUCUCCUGCUGGCAAGGUAGCUUUGCAAAUAUCACAUGAGAAAAGGACAGAAUAUGUGUAGCAGAAUAUCUAGCGGCGAAGGCGGGAACCUGUCUCAGAUACAACUGCAGCAGCUGAAACACAAGCACACACCAGUGUAUGAUCACCAUACAAAUAUGCCUUUGCAAAGGGCACAAGUAUGAUAAGUGGUAUAACGGAAAUGGAGGAAGUCUUUUCUCCUGUGCACUGAAUUUCACAUGGGUGUAUGCUACAUGUACUACUGGCUUGUGUUUUGGCUCUUAGUACUCGCAGUUAACAACAAACAAUGCAUGCUGGGAUCCCAUUCCGCGAUUCCUUGAAAGCAUACCACAAAAGAAAGAAAAACAUGACAAGUCAUGACUUACACAAUCUGAAGAGAAACUAGGAUAUGGUCAUGACUUCUGAUUUGUCAUUUUUUGUGGUUCUCUGUGAACAUGACAUGUUCUUCACAUAGGAUGGUUGGUGAUGGUGGAGUUGCAACAUAGGAAACAAGGAUUUGUAGCAUGCAAAACAUUGAGCUGUUACAACUGACGUCACCCGCAUUUGUGCUAACAUUUUUGUUGGUAUUAAAUAGGGAUGGGAAAAUGUAUUCAAAAAUAAUAUUUCUUGUGUGCCAGGAAACCCUAGCAAGGAGAAUCCUGGACUGAAGAGUUUUUGCAAUUCAGGCUGUAUCCUAUGCAAAAUUCACACGUGGGCGGAUUGCUCAGAAAAUAGCAUUUUCUGCACAGAAAUAUUAUUUCUUGAAUUAAAAAAAUGUUUUCCUGUACAGAAGACAAUAAUUCCUGAAUGGUUUCUUGCAAUGGGGAGAAAAUUGACAAAAUUACUCAUUGCUUCCUUUGGGAACAAAAAUUUGUAAAGGUUUUCAUCUUUACCACUAAAUGAAAUCAAUGAAUGGAUGCACAUUUGUGGAGUAUUACAUCUGUUCUGGAAUGAAAUGAAUAGAGCUGGGGCAUCAUCAGCUGGUAUAAGGUUCAAACUCAGGUGCUUACAGGAAUCCUUUGACUGCUGCAAACUGGGCCAGAACAAAAGAUCUUGGAAUCUGAAGCGGAAAAUUAAUAUGGAUUGCCCCCAAAGGGAUAAAGUACAAUAAAAUGUUAGAAAACACUGGUCAAUUUGCUCCAUUUAAUGACACGUAAAAUCUACCUCCUGGGACAUCUGACUCACUUUGUUUGAUAAUCACAUGUGUGGCAGCAAAGAAGCAUGGAAGAAUCUCCUGACUUCUAAAAGUUAGGAAGUGGACCAGACAUUGGUAGCAUCCUAUUACUGACAUACAUGUGUGCAACUCUACCUGAUGCUUGCACAUAUCUUUAGUUAUUGUAGAGGUUGGUAUUCAUUUCCACCUUCUGCAAUGACCAAAGCCUGCCUCCAGGACUUAUGAUUUGGCUGCCACAGCCUGCUCCUUUCAUGGCCAUUCUGUGGCUUGUACAGAGCAAAUUGGAGAAGCAUCUUGCCAUGCUCCAUAGCUAGAGGAUGAUAUCAUCUGCUAAGGCUACAUUGAAUCUCAAAAGAUUGUGUCAUGAUCUUUGAUGUCACCAUACGAGGCAUAACCAGAUACUACUUCUCACUGAGACUCCUCUCCACCAGCCACAAAUGGCCAUUGCAGCAAAAGCAUGAGUCUUAGGGGUGGAACGUAGGGAGAUGUGACACAGUUCCCUUAGACUAGGCGGCACAAUGUAGGGUCUUGGCUGUAGUUAAGCAGAACCGUAGCUUACCGUGAGUUGUAAUUUCAUUCUUCAGACUACACCGAAGCUAGCUCUUUCUCAAAAUAGGAGAAUGUGGUGUGAUGAGGAAAAGGGAUAAGAGAAUAAUAGCUUAGAAGAGUUAUUGGAUUGGGUGAUUCUGGGAGUUGUAAUCCCACCACCAAGAAACAAACAAACCUCAAACUCUGGAAAGAAGGCCCAUGGAAAUGCAGCAUUUUCAGUUAAUAGUUGGGAUAGCCCAGUGUGGCGGUUGAUUUCACCAGCAAUAAUAACUGCCAGUCUACAUAUUUCUGAUUGUAUUGGAUGCUCUCUCUUUCUAGAAUCAAAACAAAAUCGAGGAGAAGGGCCCUGGUUCAGCAGUCUGGAAGCAAAACUGCCUUCUUGGUAUUCUUAACUUUAAUUUUUAAACAAGCCUCAAUCUCUUUAUUUAUCUGCUCGUACUGUGAAUUUAAGCCGGAAGUGUACUGAUCAAAACUGUUAAUCUUUUGUCAAGCGUCGACUGUUGAUGGUUCUUUGAACUAUGUCUGAGAUUUGCAAAAAAAAUUAAAAUGGGGGGGAAAUCUAUAUACAUAUGUACACAAACACACAUUUUAAAAAAUAUCAAAUUUCAAAAUACUAAAAGUCUCAACUUGCAUUGAAACAUUGUUCUAUCAACUUUGCCUCGCUGGUUGUUGUAUUUAAUAUAAUGAAAUGAAGUCAUUUUCUUUCUUUAUACAGCAGAGACAUCAUUCUAGAAGAGUUAUUUAUGGCACAUUUCAGUCUCCGAUUGGGUUCUAAAGAUGGGGUCAGCUAUUGCCUUUGCAGUUUUUCUUAAUAGUGUAAAUAGAUAUAUCUAUAUAGAAGUAUGUGUAUAUAUGUGUGUGUACAUAUAUAAAUAUAUAUAUAUAAAUACGUUAUACAUGUAUCUGUCUAUAUCUCCAUCUGACUGUGAAGGGUUUUUAUUUGAGCAAAAAUUAAAAAAAACAUGGAGGAAGACUCCCUUUAAAA